AUGUUUGUUAGACAAUGUGAGCGGCUUGUUGCGCGCGUGGUUGCAACGCCUUUGACCUCAUGUUUGAGGAACAGCCGGCUUUACUCCACAGCUUCUCCAGCCUACGAACAUAUCCUCGUCUCCACCCCGAAACCAGGAGUUGGCCUCAUCACUUUGAACAGACCAAAAGCUCUUAACGCUCUUUCCAGCCCGCUUUUUCGUGAAUUGAACGAUGCCCUUACGAAAUAUGAUGAGGACAAGGACAUUGGUGCCAUAGUCCUUACUGGCAGUGAAAAGGCUUUCGCGGCUGGCGCCGAUAUCAAAGAGAUGGCACCCCUCACUUUCGCGUCUGCAUAUUCGAACAACUUCAUUGCCCCCUGGUCACAUCUCGCAAAUACGAUCCGUACCCCUGUUAUCGCGGCUGUGUCUGGAUAUGCGCUUGGCGGCGGAUGCGAGCUUGCAAUGAUGUGCGAUAUCCUAUACUGCACCUCUAAAGCAACGUUCGGGCAACCAGAGAUCAAACUUGGAACUAUCCCUGGUGCUGGUGGCUCCCAGCGCCUCACAAGAGCAAUUGGAAAGAGCAAAGCUAUGGAGCUCAUCCUGACCGGAAAGAACUUCAGUGGGAAAGAAGCUGGGGAGUGGGGUCUGGCUGCCCGGGUCAUCGACGGAGGUCAGGAUGAAUUGGUUGAAGCAGCAGUCGAGACCGCUAGCGUCAUUGCGGGCUACAGCCGUGUCGCAGUCGUUGCUGCAAAGGAGGUCGUCAACAAGAGCCAAGAACUAUCCCUGAAGGAAGGCGUGGAGUAUGAAAGACGUUUAUUCCACGGACUUUUCGGCAGUAAGGAUCAGAAAAUCGGAAUGACCGCAUUCGCUGAAAAGCGGAAGCCGGAAUGGUCAAAUGAAUAA